GUACAGUUGUUCAAUUCUAAGGAGUUGUAGUAAUGUAGACAUUUGAUUGAUUAGAUUGGUUUUGUUUUUUACUUUGUAAUCUGAUCAAAAAUGGUUCAACAAAUGGCUCAACAAUUCGGGAACAUGUCGGUCCAGAACAAUUGGUCUUCUCUCUGGGGCCAGGAAGGUGUUAAUCUACUGGCUGAUCGAAAUAUCAAAACCAAAACUGUUGACAUUGUCCCUGGACAGGAUACUCGUGAUUGUAAUAGAAAUGUUAUGAGAUCAACACUUCAGAAAGUACCUGAAACCGCAUCCCUGUUGCAGAAAUCGAGGCUACCGUUUGGUCUUCUUAUUCACCCUUUUUGUGACUAUGAGAAUAUCCCGAUAAUUCAAGAUCGGACGAUUGUUCGCUGUAGAAAUUGUCGAACCUACUUGAAUCCAUUUGUUCGUUUGCUGGAUCAAAGGAGAUGGCAAUGUAACGUCUGUCACCGUGUCAAUGAUUUGCCGGAUGAUUUCUUAAUUGAUCCUGUUACUCAUAAAUUAAUCAAUUAUCCCCUCGACCAGCCUGAAUUGUCUCAUGCUACUGUUGAAUUUGUCGCAUCUGUUGAAUACAUGGUUAGACCACCUCAACCUGCUGCUUAUUUGUUUGUUUUUGAUUGUUCAGCUCAUGCAUUCCACCUUGGAUAUCUUCCUGUCAUGGCCGAUGCCCUUUUAUCUUGCAUAAAUUCAAUUCCGGGAGACUCACGAACCAUGAUUGGUUUCAUUGGUUUUGAUUCUCGAAUUCACUUCUUCAACCUGGGGGACAAAAAGCCUCAACAUAUGAUUAUGCCGGAUAUUAAAGAUGUUUUCAUACCUUCUCCAGAAAGUCUUUUAGUCAAUCUUCAAUCAAAACGUCCAGUCAUUGAACAUUUCCUUUAUAAGACAUUGAAAGAACUUUUUUCAAGUGAUGGUGUCUCUCAUCCUCUUGUGAUUGAUUCCGGUUCAGCCAUGGGCUCAGCCUUGACUGCAGCUUAUGAAGUCAUUUCCUCAAUCGGUGGCCGGAUAACAGUAAUUCAAGCAACUCUUCCCAAUUUAGGACCGGAUGGGUCUGUCUUGACCAACCGCGAAGAUCCAAAUAACCGGGCAUCUAACAAUAGCAAUACAGCUCAACUUACUCCGUUGUUAAAUCCUGCCACCGAUUUUUAUAAGAAAUUAGCUUUAGAUUGUUCUGAACAUCAUGUAGCUGUUGACUUGUUUGAUUUAAGUGCGACCUUCUCUGAUCUUGCAACAGUUGGUCAAGUAGCUAAGGUUAGCGGCGGUUCAGUUUUUUACUACGGUGCAAGUGGAGCUAAUAUGGCGACGAAUCCUGGUCGGGUAUUGGCCAGAUUCUCAGCCGAUUUGGUUCAUUAUCUGUGCAGGAAUAUUGGUUUUGAAGCAGUUAUGAGAUUACGUUGUACAAAAGGAUUGAGUAUCCAUACAUUUCAUGGCAAUUUCUUUGUUCGUUCUACUGAUUUAAUUUCAUUGCCUAAUUGUAAUCCAGAUAAUGGUUACGCCAUGCAAAUAUCGAUAGAUGAAGAUUUUAAAGACUUCAAUUCGGUUUGUUUUCAAGCCGCUGUUCUUUACACUAAUCCAGUGGGUGAAAGACGAAUCCGAGUUCAUACUCUCAACUUACCUAUUGUUGCAAAUUUAAGUGAUGUUAUUAAUUCUGCGGAUCAAGAAGCAAUCGCUGCCAUGCUUUGUAAAAUGGCUGUUGAUCGAAGUUUGAGUUCAAGUCUUUCUGAUGCCAGAGAAGCGAUGAUUAAUGCAAUUCUUGAUCUUCUAUCUACAUAUCGUAAUGUUGCUCCGUACGAAGCAUCUUAUGGCCUUACAACUUCUUAUUCUACACGAUUGUUACCUCUUUACAUUUCAGCUCUUCUUAAACACACGGCCUUCAGAGUUGGUAUAUCAACCAAAAUCGAUGAAAGAGUUUAUGCCAUGGAAAGAUUAAAAUCUUUACCUCUAUGCCACAUAACCACAUAUAUUUAUCCAGAUCUGUAUCCAGUUCAUAUGGAGUUUAAUUCAUUUGCGGGCGAAUUUCCUAAACCAGUUCAACUAUCAUUCGCGAACGUUGACAGAAACGGAGUCUAUUUAUUGGACACUUACGAGUGUAUUUAUCUUUACAUCUGUAAAUCCGUCAGUCACCAGUGGCUAUCUGAUGUAUUUGGUGUUACACAAUGGGCGAAAAUACCUGAUGAUGGAGAUUAUUACUAUGAUGGUGGAGAUCAAAAAAUGAGUAAAACAACAAGAUAUCAAACGAAUUCUCAACAAAUCGAUUCAAUGAAACUCCCUGCAACACCAACAUCAAUUUCCCCUCUUCCCAGAUUCGAAAAUGCAACCUCGAUGAGACUUAAUGCUUUUAUAAAUUAUCUAAUAUCCAGUCGACCAUUGAUGCCUCAUUUCUUUUUGUUGAGAGAGGAUAGUCGUUUAAGGUACUCGUUCUUGCAGUAUAUGUACGACGAUAGAAACGAAUCAUCUUUUAGUUAUUAUGAAUUUUUACAACAUCUACAGUCGCAAUUAAAAGGAUAAUUGGAUUAAUUGGUUGGGGAGAUUAAUGUAACAUUGGUAUAAAUUUAACUGAUUGAUUAACAACAAUGAUAAUAAUGAACCAUAAAAAUGACCGGAUAUCAACUUAUUAAUAGAUGAUAACAUUUUCCACUGAAAAUGUAUUGGGAUUUUCACACUAUGAGAUUGUUGAUUGUUUCAUUUAUCCUUUUUGCUUCGGGCGAUUCUUAACCAGAUCACAUUCACAUUAUGAUUACCAACUAUUUCUUCUGAUUAUCUUAAUCAAUAAUCUAGAACCACGAUGAUCAAUAAUCACAAAUGAUGAGACUGUUAGAAACAACUCGAUGCAAUAAUCUCCUUUUCUAACUAUUUUGAUUCUCUCAUAAAAUUUUAUUUUAAGUUAUAAUUCGUUACAAUAAUUAAUCAUCAAAUUUCGAUACAUAGAAAAGUCAAAUCAAAGUCCUCGUAAUGUGAGCAAAUGCAUAAGCCAUUGAUAAACCAGAAGGAAACUUUUUUAAUUGUCUUGAGGUUUAAUCAAACCUCAUGACUAAUUUUAAUUAAGUCAAUUUUUACACUUCAUUAAUAUAUAUUCGAAAAACUGUCAAACUACAAAUCUUGCUGUCGAAUUUGAUUUAAAAUUGAUAAAUUAUAAUAUUUAUUUAGAUUAUAAUGUAACUAUAAGAUGAAUAAGAUCAAAUUACUAUCCAAAAAACGAUUUAACAUAAUUUCAAGCAGAUAUUAGAUGAACGAUUUCUAUAAAUAAUCAGCAAUUCUCAAUUUUCGUUAAUCAAAUGAUGUACAUUGAUUGAUGCUCACCGAUUCUGAGUUAAAUGUUUUCAAGUUCACACAAUCAACAAAUAAAAUUAAAGUUUUUCUAAUCAA